UCCGGGUUUUGGACAGGAUGAACGCCAAUUUCCAAGAUGGCGGCGGAGGGAGGAGGGAAGGAGAUGAACGAAAUUAAAACUCAAUUCACCACUCGGGAAGGUGUCUAUAAACUCCUCACUCACUCCGAAUAUAGCCGCCCUAACAGGGUGCCUUUUAAUUCACAAGGCUCGAAUCCGGUAAAAGUUUCCUUCGUAAACGUGAACGAUCAGUCGGGCAACGGCGACAGAAUAUGUUUCAAUGUGGGCCGGGAACUGUACUUUUAUAUCUACAAAGGCGUAAGAAAGGCAGCUGAUCUGAGCAAGCCCAUAGACAAGAGGAUAUACAAAGGAACGCAGCCCACGUGUCACGACUUCAACCCCCUCACAGCCACAGCGGAGAGCGUCUCCCUCCUGGUGGGCUUCUCGGCCGGCCAGGUACAGCUCAUCGACCCCAUCAAGAAGGAGACCAGCAAGCUGUUCAACGAGGAGAGACUGAUAGACAAGUCCCGUGUGACCUGUGUGAGGUGGGUUCCUGGCUCAGAGAGCCUCUUCCUGGUGGCCCACUCCACUGGCAGCCUGUACCUGUACAACGUGGAGCACACCUGCGGCACCACGCCGCCCCACUACCAGCUCCUCAAACAGGGCGACGGCUACGCCGUGCACACCUGCAAGAGCAAGUCAGCCCGCAACCCGCUCCUGCGCUGGACAGUGGGCGAGGGGGCUCUCAACGAGUUUGCCUUCUCGCCCGACGGGAAGUUCCUUGCGUGCGCCAGCCAGGACGGCUUCCUGCGCGUGUUCGGCUUCGAUGCGGCUGAGCUUCACGGCACCAUGAAGAGCUACUUCGGCGGGCUGCUGUGUGUGUGCUGGAGCCCGGACGGACGCUACAUCGUGGCCGGCGGCGAGGACGACCUGGUGACUGUGUGGUCCUUCUCGGACUGCCGGGUGAUCGCCCGGGGCCACGGACACAAGUCGUGGGUUAGCGUGGUGGCAUUCGACCACUGCACAACCAGCGUGGAGGACAGCGACCCACCCGCCGAGUUCAGCGGGAGCGACGAGGAGUUCCACGAGCAGAUCCACUUCGGAGGGGGGCGGGACCGCGCCAACAGCUCCCAAUCGCGCCUCUCCAAGAGGAACUCUACGGACGGACGGCCGGUCAGUGUGACCUAUCGCUUCGGCUCGGUGGGCCAGGACACCCAGCUGUGUUUGUGGGACCUGACCGAGGACAUCCUUUUUCCUCACCUGCCCCUGUCCCGCACCAGGACUCACACUAACGUCAUGAGUGCCACCAGUCCCCCAGCUGCUGGGACGGCCACUACUACUAACUCUACUUCUACUACUACUGCUACUUCUACUACUACUUCUACUAAUACUACUACUUCAUCUGCUGUGAAUACUAACCCAUUCGGCACCAAUGGCAACAACACCGUGAGCAGUAGUAGUGGUAGCAGUGGUACCCCCGCAAACUCACUCCCCGCCCCCCUGCCGCGCUCCAACAGCCUGCCGCACUCCUCCGGCCCCGCGGGGGGCAGCACCACGCCCAACAGCCACACGGGGGGCGGCGGCAAAGGAGGCAGCAUCAUCGAUAGCGCCUUCAUCGCCACGGGCGUCAGCAAGUUUGCCACGCUGUCGCUUCAUGACGCGCGCAAGGAGCGCCACGAGAAGGACCACAAGCGCAACCACAGCAUGGGCCACAUCAGCAGCAAGAGCAGCGACCGGCUCAACCAGCUGAGCUCGGCGGCGCGGACGGCCAAGGCGGACGCCGCCAAGACUCUGGGCACGCUGCUAUGCCCGCGCAUGGAGGAGAUUCCUCUGCUGGAGCCGCUGGUGUGCAAGAAGAUUGCUCACGAAAGACUCACUGUGUUAAUCUUCCUGGAGGACUGUCUGGUCACAGCCUGCCAGGAGGGCUUUAUUUGCACAUGGGCCAGGCCUGGGAAAGUGGGCUUACUGUCAUCUCAGAACGCAGCCAACUCUCCUAGUGGGACGGUAGUAUAGCCCUGGUGCUACUAAAUGAAACCAAGCUAGACAGACAGGAAAAGAUGACCUGGCCACACCUCGCCACAGCCCUGCAGCAGUGUUCUUCACUUUCUCUCGCAUCAUAAACACACCUUUUAGUUCUGUUCAUCUUCAUGUAGAACGAUAGAUGGCUUUCGUGGUCCAUUGAGGGUAGAUGCAGAGACCUAAAGUCUGGAAAUGGUUUAAAUGUCAAGAAAGCUUGACAUCGUCCAGGAAGAUUUGAACUUUUGUUCAGGGAGGGGAGGCCGGCUGUGCUGUUUAGUUUGUUCCCAUGUCUCUUCCACAAAGGUCCAAAAACAACCCCUUUAAGAGCUGGAAGUUGUUUUAACAGUGGGUGUGUCUCUAAUAGCUUGGCCUCCUCAAGAAACACCACCUAGCCAUAUUACCCCUCUAGACACUUCACGAAGAUCUGAAAGACUUGGACAGGUUUAAUCAAUAUGGUUUAGACCUAUUUCUUCCACUCUCCAGUCUUCUUAGAUCUAGCCUAGGGGUUAGGGGCAAGGUGUUGUUUUAGAACAGGUGAAAUCUGUUCUACCUAGUCCCUUGUCCCUGACUAACAGUACAGUUUGAUCUAAUGCUCACAGCAAAGGGAGUUGGAGCAGUUUGCUUCCUUGAACUACAAGAAAAAGAAAAAAAAACAUUUUUAAAUUUAAAUCAGAGUAUCACAGCUUGAGUAUUUUGCACUGAUUAUUUUCUUGUUUUCCGUUCAUUUUUUAUUCAUAAUUACAAUGGGACAAAAACAAGAUGUUUUAAGACAGCCUUUGGAUGCACUUGGGUUGCGGCGUGGCAUCUCUGUCUGAAAGCUGGACGCUGCAAUCAUAGUUUUUUUAAAGAUGAAAAAAAGAGAAUUGUUUGCACUUAAUAGUUUGUUAAAAAAGAAUGGCUUUACAAUUUUGGAGUGUGCAAGGACUCCCCAGACAAGGUUGUUAAAAAUAUAAAUAGAAUUAAAAACCUUUGUAUCUAUUGAACAUUUAUUUUAAUAUUGUUUCAGAUUAAAAAAUGGGCUCUGUAUUAUAUGUAAAUAUUGUACUUUAAUGAUUUAUGGGUGAAAUUAUCAUUAUUACACUAGUUGGAACUUCUUCAUUUCAGGAUAGUGAUAUUUCUAAUGCAGAAAAAUAUAUACAUAAUAAUAUUAAAAAUGAAUCUUGAAUAUGCA